AUGGCUCUAAAGCAAUGUAAAGUCAAGAAUACUUCGAAGCCAGGAUUUUUCCUCGUUGGUUAUGUACUGAAAUCAUUCACAGCUGAAAGACUGGCAUUUUGCUACAGUACUUGUAACACGGAUCCGUCUUGUCAAAGUUUAAAUUAUAACCUCGCUUCAAAAACCUGCCAAUUGAAUUCAGAAUCAAGGAAAAGUCAGCCCAACAGUUUUCACGCGAGGGAGGGUUCUGUUUACUCUGAUAAUCCUGAUCGAGGUAAGAGUUUUAAAGCGAUAAUCUGAUAAUUUAUGAAAAAGAUGUCGCUACCUAUUCGCUUUCACGAUUGCUUAAGUAAUUCAGCUAGUUCCCUGCAAGUGACGACAGUUUUCCAUUUUUGUGGGAGUCGGGGAAGGGUAUUGCUUAUCUUUGAUAGUUUUGAAAGCAGUUUUGUUCAAUAUUUGAUUUAAAAAUGUCGUAUGUAUGUGCUAAGUUCUCUCAAUGUAGCUGUUAUGCCUAGAAAUAUGAGAGUUUGAUAAAUAUUACUGUCAAAGUAAUACUCUUGUAGAUAAUCUCAUAAACGAAACCAAAGUUCCCGAGACGCCUGCCUCUCAGUCAACAUCGAUGAGACUUCCCAAACAAACGUGCUCAGUUAAAACAGGCCGCUUAGGCAUCCAGGAGAGUUUUGUUUCCACGCAAAAAGAAGCACGAAACCAAAAUCGAAUUGUAAUGUAUAGCCAUGGUUUUAGCUUUGCAGAACCACCCCACGAGUGUGUAAACAUCUAAGAAAAAUAUUUAAAAAAUGUAUCGUUAAAUUAAUGCCAGUUAUAUUAAUAAAGAACUGAAUAGUAGAAAUUGUGAAUUUAGUUUUCCUUUUACGAACCUUCACAGGAUAUUACCGUUGUAACACAAAACUAAUAUUCGCUGGGGGGUGGGAGUUAGGUUCACUUUCCAUUAUCUUAAGCAUAUUGUUUUCGCAUAAGAAAAAAAAUUGAAAAAUCUCCUUCCCCCUAGAGGGAGCAAUUCAUCCAUUUAUUUGCUCAUUUGUUCAUCUAUUCAUCAAAAGUCUUAUGUUACCCGAAACAUUUGAAAUAUAUGCUAGAAGAAAAGAAGCAAUCACGUGACGCAUUCUAAAAAUGUAUUUAUCACCCAGCUUUACGCAAAGAUAAUUUGUAUCCAAGACCGUCAUCAAUCUAAAUCAAGGGUCAUGCUAUUGACAAAAAUUUCCUGUUGUUAUGUUAUGAAGGAAAGAAAGGGUCCUUGCCUACGGUACCAGGCUUUUCAUGUAGAAAUAUCGACGAAAAUGGAGAUCUGGACUUUAGCGGCUUUUAUUGGAUACGACCGCCAGGGUCUCUUGUUAGCUUCCAAGGAUACUGUGACAAGUCAGCUGUUGGACGUAAGUUUACUGAUUGAUCAAACAAAUUUGUUAUGAACAGUAGCUAAUGGGCAAAAUAAAAAUGUUGUGGGCUCUAUUAAGAAUGGACUCAAUGGAUUGUCCUCGAGUCUUAAAAAUGAUUUCUUGCAACGCAAAUCAUUAAAAAACAAACAAACAGACAGACAGACAAAAACGAAAAAAAAAGAAAAAACGCCAAACGAAACAAAACAAAACAAAGGGAAAAAAAAGAAAACAUACUCUGCAAAAACAUUUACCACAACUGUCCCAUGGAAUUUCAAUCUUCUCUGUUUCAUUUCAUUUUGACGAUUUUUCGGUUGUUUUAUGGAACGAGUUAUUCCGUCUAAGAUUUGAUCGUUUAAUCAUGUCACACAAGAACGUAGGCUUAAUGUCACUUCUACACGUAUAAGAGAUAUUACUGUUCGUAACAGAACAGAAUUGGUAGCAUGUUUGUGGCCAUUCAGUUGCAUUAUAUGUGAAGAGAGAGAGGUUGUUAGGAUGUUAAUUUUUUUCUCCCUGUGUAAGAAUGGACGAAGGUAACUCCGCAAUGGAUCAAGCAAACAUAUAAAGAUGGAGUGACGCUGACCUACACCGAAGAAAAUGACGGGCUCGUCAUUUCAGGUCAGGUAACCAGAUAUGCGUGUGGUUCUGGUGAACCUCCUGGGGCUCUGACCCUGAUUAAAGGCUACUGGACUAGGAUAAAGUACACUCAAGAAUUCCGUGGAAUAGUUUCGUGUUGGAGCAUAUUUGGAGAUAACAGGUGAGUAUACAUACACAUGUACAUUUAAAUCGUUUCAGUACCAGAAUGUUUUCUCGACAAUUUGUGACCCUCCACGGGAUUUCAGGGAAUAAAGUGAACGCACGCACACGGUACACUAACACGCUUUUCACGAUAUAACACUGUGACCGUGCCAGUUUUAUAACACGCCGGCUUCGCUCGGAAGGCUUGGCUUCGCUCGGAAGGCUUGGCUUCGCUCGGAAGGCUUGGCUUCGCUCGGAAGGCUUCGCUUUGCGCCGGCUAACUAGCGGUUAUUCAUUUUAAAAAUGCUGGUUUGCAUUGAGUGAUGAAUAACGACCGUGUAGGAGACAUGGAGCCGGAAAACUGUUGCUGAAGGAUUCACAAAGAUUCGGUAUUGGGCUUAUUAACUUCAUGAAGCGAUAAGGAUUUAUAUCUUAUAAGGUAAGAAAUAAUUUUUAAAAAGUAAUUCAUGUGUUCAAACGGAGCUCCUCCGGACCUUGUGAAACACGUCGUGCUCAAUGAAUUCCUUGUGAAAAUCCUCAGGGAAAGAGCCGCCGUUUGCCGUGAACGUUUCCUUUUUUCAUGACAACUUUCGAAUAGGAUCGACAGAAGAUCUUCUUCAUUUUUGCCUAUAUUCUAUAAGUAAUAUACUUUACAAACACCAUUCUCACAAUAAUUUAGUAACAAAGUGAGCUGGGUUGUACAAGUAAGCUAGCGUGUUAAGGAACAAAGGAACUUAGCUUGUUAAAAAAAAACAAAAAAUCCAGCGUGUUAUGGAAACAAUACUCUACCGUGUUGGCCAGAUAUGAACAAUGGCCACAACAAGCUUUCCAAAAUCAAUUAUUUUUAUUUGCACAUCUGCACGGUAAGCGUGGCAUACCAUUAGCGUGCGAGCGUGUUAUAACGUGCCGUGUGCGUGCGUUCACCCUAUUCCCUGAAACCCCGUGGAGGGUCACAUUUAGUGAACCUGAAAAAAGCUGUAGGAGUUCAAAAGUAAAUUGCAUAGGUUAUGAAACUCGAGAGAAGUUGAUUAUGUUUUGGAAUCCUAGGUAUGGUCGAACUUCAGUUGAAAACAAACCAACAGGUGUGCAUCCCUUUAAUUCCUCUCAAGGAGAUUCCAUCACAAAUCAACACUUCAUGGGUGGAAAUUGUGAGUAAAGUGUUCCUUUGUUUGUUUUUAUUUUCUUUCGAGGUACAAUGCUAUUUCAUUGCCGUUUCUUUAGGUUGUCGUUUAAUAUUUCCUUUGAUUUCCACCAAGUUCGCAGUAAAUAUGUUUCCAAGAUAAACAAAAAGCUAUUGAAUAAAAAAAAAAUCCUCUAUAUGAAAUUAAAGCCGGGAAAAAAAACGAGGUAGGGUGGGAGUGGCAUCCACCAGCCCCCACCUCUCUCCCCUUGUACUUCCAAAGAUUAAAGUUACUAUCACGGCAGUUAAUGAUCCACAAAUUUGUUCAACGACAAAUAAACGAAACUAAACAAAAAAAGUUAACGAAACCUUAAAUACCCUAAAUUUCCGGGAUCAAAAUUCUCGUCAACUUAGAUAAUUAAAAGGUCAUUUUUAGCUCGAGUUUUUUAACUUUUGUUCUAUUUAAAUCUUUUAGCUCACAUCUUUGAUGGUAAAACAACAAAAUGCAACAAUGUAAACACAAACUUUUGGCGAAACAAUAACCCCAGUGUACGCUAUACAACGGUGAUUCUCAGGAGAGAACUGAGUGCAGAAAAUGCUGGUAUUUUUACCGGCACAUCGUGUGGCAAACCAACAUACAAGAUCAAGAAUAUUUACGUAUACUUUUGA